AUGUCUUUCAACCUUGUAGCAAUAGUUUCUAUGUUUGUAACAUUAGUAGUAGUUGUAGCAAGUGAAGAUAGCAAUAUCAGUUUCAUCUAUAAUGGAUUCAAAUCAUCACAUUUGUAUCUUGAUGGUGUUGCUGAGUUAACUUCUAAUGGAUUACUUAGAUUAACCAAUGAUACCAAACAAGAAAAGGGUCAUGCUUUCUAUCCAAAUCCUAUAGUUUUCAACAAUGGAAGUAGUAGUGUGUUUUCUUUCUCAACUACUUUUGUUUUUGCUAUAAGAUCAGAGUUUGGUUCUCUUAGUGGUCAUGGAAUUGUUUUUGUUGUUUCUCCAACAAAAGGGUUGCCGAAUUCACUACCAAGUCAGUAUCUUGGCUUGUUCAAUGAAACAAACAUAGGAAACAACAAUAGCCAUGUUUUUGGUUUAGAGCUUGAUACAAUUUUGAAUACUGAGUUUGAUGAUAUCAAUGACAACCAUGUUGGAAUUGAUAUCAAUGGAUUGAAAUCAGAAAAAUCGGCUUCGGCCGGAUAUUAUGACAUAGGUGGUAAUGAGUUCAAGAAUUUGAGCCUUUUCAGUGGCUUACCAAUGCAAGUUUGGUUGGAGUAUGAUGGUGGAAAGAAGAAGAUUGAUGUUACUUUAGCUCCAAUGAAUGUUGUGAAACCAGAAAAAGCCUUGUUAUCAUUGAACAAAGAUCUUUCUUCUGUUAUUGACAAUAGUACUAUGUAUGUUGGAUUCUCAUCUUCAACAGUAUGUUUGAUUCUAAUGGUAGCUAUAGCAAUGUUUCAUUUCAUCAAGAGAAAGAAAAUGUUCUCUGAGCUUCAUGAGGAUUGGGAGAAAGACUAUGGAACUCAAAGAUUCAAGUACAAAGAUUUAUACUUUGCAACAAAGGGUUUCAAGGAGAAAGAGCUGUUAGGAACAGGUGGAUUUGGUAGAGUCUACAAAGGUGUGAUGCCAAUUUCAAAGCUUGAGGUAGCUGUGAAGAGAGUUUCACAUGAAUCAAGACAAGGGAUGAAGGAAUUCGUGGCGGAGAUUGUUAGUAUCGGUCGUCUUCGUCAUAGGAAUCUUGUUCCACUUCUGGGCUAUUGCAGGCGAAAAGGCGAGUUACUUCUUGUCUAUGACUACAUGCAAAAUGGAAGCUUGGACAAAUAUUUACACAACAGAAAACAAAGAUUUACCUUAAAUUGGAGUCAAAGGUUUAGGAUCAUUAAAGGUGUUGCUUCUGGUUUGUUUUAUUUACAUGAAGAGUGGGAGCAAGUUGUGGUUCAUAGAGAUAUUAAAGCUAGUAAUGUUUUAUUAGAUGGUGAAUUGAAUGGAAGAUUAGGUGAUUUUGGUCUUUCAAGACUAUAUGAUCAUGGAACUGAUCCUCAAACAACACAUGUUGUUGGAACACUUGGUUAUUUAGCACCUGAGCAUACAAGAACAGGUAAAGCUACAACAAGUUCUGAUGUGUAUUCUUUUGGUGCUUUUUUGCUUGAGGUUGUUUGUGGUAAAAGGCCUAUAGAACAAGUAAGGGAAUGUGAGAGUUUGAUAUUGGUUGAUUAUGUUUAUGAUUGUUGGAAAAGAGGUGAGAUUGUUGAGGCUAGAGAUGUAAAUUUGGGUGUGGAUUAUGUGGUUGGAGAAGUUGAAUUGGUGUUGAAACUUGGUUUGUUGUGUUCACAUUGUGAGGCAUUGGCUAGGCCAAGUAUGAGACAAGUUUUGAGGUAUUUGGAGAGGGAUUUGCCACUUCCUGAUUUGUCUUUUCUUAGUUUGUCUUCAAUGGGAGUAACUUCUGGACAAUGUGAAAAUUUUCAAGAUUUUGGUAUGUCUUAUGCUUCUUCUUCUAUGGAUAGACCAUUCUCUCAUACUUCUUCAAUUGCUGAAUCACUUCUUUCUGGUGGUCGUUAG